AUGGGAAAUUGUACGAGCUCUAGUCAUGGCUCUAAAAGUCAACUCAAUCCAGACACACAGAAAAACAGGCUUAUCGAUAGGCAGAUUAAAGCAGACGAGAAGCGGCUUCGAACAGAGGUCAAGCUCCUGUUGCUAGGGGCAGGCGAAUCAGGGAAAUCAACAGUGCUGAAGCAAAUGCGACUCAUCCACGCCUCUGGGUUUGACGAUGCAGAGAGAGAAAGCUUUAGAAUUAUUGUAUUUUCAAACAUCAUGCUAGCAAUGCAGAUUAUCUUUGAAGUUGUUGAUCAACUCGGCAUUCCUCUGGACAGCAAUUCCAAUGCGGCCUACAGCAAGUUAUUUCAGAAUGUGCAGCCGCUAAAACGGGGAGAGCCCUAUCCAGCGGAAUACCUUGAGCCAUUGAAAGCAUUGUGGGCCGAUUCAGGCAUUCGGGCUGCCAAACAAGAAGGGAAUAUAUUUGCGUUACAUGACAAUGCGGCAUAUUUUUUCGACCAACUGGAUCGGUUUUGGAAAGACGAUUAUUUACCAACAGAUCAGGAUAUCAUACGAUGUAGAGCAAAGACAACAGGCAUUGUCGAGACAGUCUUUCACAUAGGGCCGCUGACCUACCGCAUGUUUGAUGUGGGAGGACAACGAAGUGAGCGGAAAAAGUGGAUUCAUUGCUUUGAGAAUGUCACUGCCAUCCUGUUUGUGGUGGCAAUUAGUGGCUACGACCAAUGUCUAGUGGAGGAUCGAGAUUCAAAUCAAAUGCACGAGGGACUAAUGCUGUUCGACACCAUUUGCAACUCACCUUGGUUUAUCAACACGUCCAUGAUCCUGUUUCUGAAUAAAAUCGAUAUAUUCAGAGAAAAGAUACUAACAUCGCCCGUAUCAAAGUGGUUCCCAGACUACAAAGGCGACGACAACAGUUUCGAACAAACUAGCACCUACUUUAGAAAGAGAUUCAAGCGGCUGAAUCACAAUCCAAGCAAACAAGUGUACACACACAAUACAGAUGCAACCGAUACAACACUCUUACAGCAUGUCAUGACAGCAGUUUCCGAUAUCAUCCUGAAUGAGAACAUAAAUACCUUAAUGCUGUAG